UGCGCUGACACCAGAAGUACGGUCUUUUCCGACGAGUAGGCAAGAUGGCGGAAGUGGAGCAGAAGAAGAAGCGGACCUUCCGCAAGUUCACCUACCGCGGCGUGGACCUCGACCAGCUUCUGGACAUGUCCUAUGAGCAGCUGAUGCAGCUGUACAGUGCCCGGCAGCGGAGGCGGCUGAACCGGGGCCUGCGCCGCAAGCAACAUUCCCUUCUGAAGCGCCUCCGCAAAGCCAAGAAGGAAGCACCGCCCAUGGAGAAGCCGGAGGUGGUAAAGACACAUCUGCGGGACAUGAUCAUCCUGCCUGAGAUGGUGGGCAGCAUGGUCGGGGUGUACAAUGGCAAGACCUUCAACCAGGUGGAAAUCAAGCCUGAAAUGAUUGGCCACUACCUGGGCGAGUUCUCCAUCACCUACAAGCCUGUGAAGCACGGCCGGCCUGGCAUCGGGGCCACUCACUCCUCCCGUUUCAUCCCUCUCAAGUAGCCUGCACAGUCAAUAAAAGGCACAUGUGUCUCUGUC